ACUGCUGUGCACACAGCUCUACAGCUCAAGUGUACUUGUGAUAUCCGAGAUGCCCACAUCUACAGCAUUAACGUGUAGGUAAUGAUUCAGUGCUCUGCCAUCUUACAGAAGAAGUGGAGAUAAGGUUUUGUAAUAGCUGGAUGAGGAUGCACUGGAAGAGCAGCACGUGAGUGAGGUCAGCAGUAACGUUAGCUACUUAAACUGAGAGCCGAUCAGUCCACAUGGACAAACUCUGUGAAGAAGAGACUCAGCAAGUCGUUUCAAGUCACAUACCUGUGCUAGUUUUAAUGAAGUUUGGAUGGAGAUGAAGAGCAGUGCACUGAAGAUCUUCGCCAAGAGGAAAAUCCACAGAGCUUCCUAAACAACUAUUGCUCAUUUAAUAAAUUAGUAGUAUUUAGUGGGCAGACACGCAAUUGUGCAAAAUGCUUACAGCGCGUAACAGUUUCUGGGGACUUUUAACAGUGCUGCUCGCUGUCUGGACAGAGCGCGCGACAGGCGUCCCUGUGAGGCGUCACGAGAGAUCCAGACACGCGGACUCCACCGAGCAGAACCAAAUCCAGAAUAAUUUGGCAGACCUACAUCCCCACCAACACAGGUGGCUUCAGCAUCGCUCAACGGGUGUCCUACCACAGCCUGAGCCCGAGGAAGAAUCAAAACCCUUUGUCCUAGACCUCAAAACCUUUCCAGAUCUUGCAAAUGCAGACGCUGGCUCCCAAAACCCAAACAUUCAGGUGACCAUCGAGGUGUUGAAUGACCCACCCAUGGAAGUGGACACGGACCUGAUUAAAGAAAGGAGUAAUGACUGGCCUACAUCUUCUCCCUCCUCUACUGUAGAAUGGCAUGGUGGGAAGAAGCUUUUCUGGCCUUUAUUUUGGGGCUAUGCAGAUGUAGAUUCAGGUGAGGAUGGUACCGGCCAAGCAGGGGAGGAAGAGGAUGAUUAUGCACUGGAGUUUGACCGUGGGGAGCCCCUUCCUAGUGUGCUUGGCAAAACAGGUGGCAACUGGGAAAAUCCAUGGACCCAACACCAUUAUGGAGAGAAAGAGGAACAAUGGGGCACGUGGAGUCCCUGUACUGUCACGUGUGGCCAUGGCAACCAGACUCGAUCACGUUCAUGUGGAGAUUUCUGCAUCUCCACCGAAUCCCAAAGCUGUGACCGUAUGCCAUGCCCAGAUGAUUGGAACAGUGUGGCUCAUGUCUUUCCAUUUGAGAUGGAAAAUGGCACAGAACCCUUUGGCACUAAUGUUGACAGCUGCGAUAAGUGGUUGAAUUGUACGAGUGAGUUUCUCCAGCGUUACCUGCAGCAGGUGUUGACUGAAUUACCCAGCUGUCCGUGCACCUAUCCUUCAGAAGCCUUCAACAAUAUAGUCAGUCUGCUGGAUGCAGGACAUGGUCGGAUCUUCCAGUGGAGGGAUGCUAGUGCGCCAAAAGAGCGUCUGGAUAUCUACAAACCCUCGGCACGCUUUUGCUUGCGUUCUGGCCUCUCAAGAGAUGGCACCACCCUGGCUGCCCAGCAUUGUUGCUACGAUGACAACAAGCAUCUUAUUACAAGGGGCAGGGGUGCAGGUACCCCCAACCUAAUCAGCACAGAGUUCUCUCCAGAACUGCAUUUUAAGGUGGAUGUAUUGCCUUGGAUACUAUGCAAAGGAGACUGGAGCAGGUUUCAUGCCGUCCGCCCACCCAAUAAUGGCCUGCAUUGCACAGAGAAUCCCCAGCAGGACAUUUUCAUGAACGAAUUGGAGGAGGCCAGAGAAUAUUAAAUCACCAAAUGACUGUCCCUCCUCUUACACACCGUCCUGCUGUGGUGCUUUACCCAAUUCAAAUAUGCCAGCUAGCCACAUGCUACUCCUAUGUUGUGGGACACUGUGUUCGCAAAGCAUUGCAUUUCUUAUGUUUGAAACAUUGUGGAAAUUUAAGAAAUGUUUAAAAAUUUAUUAUAAUCCAUCUGUUGAUAAUCUUUGUCAUGACAUGUCAAUCUUGUAACCCUUGUAUUUGUGUAAAUGACCAAUACAGCAUUUUGUUGUUGUUGUUGUUGCUGCUGCAGUCACAUACAGUGGGGUACAACAGUCUGACACCACGACUGAAAAUGUUUGUCAAAUUUAAUACAUAUUUAUUAUAAGCUAUAAUUUAUCAGCAUAGCUAUUUUAAUGAAAAGUUGUAUUUAAAAAAAAUGAAUUUCGUGAAUUUCAUUCAUGAGUGUCUCCCUUUUGCUUGAUGGACCGCAGAACUCAACAUUUGUGCAAAAACGGAGGAUAAUGUUAUCUGGCAUGAUAUGAGAAUAUUCCAAAGAGCAUCUUAUGUGCUUCAAUCCGAAAAUGGUCAAUAUAAUUUGAUAUUUGAACAUUUUAUUUAUUAUU